AUGUCGCUGUCGACAGUGAUCAUUCUUGCGCAGGGAUGGGCCGAGCAGUCCGGCUCCACAGCGGCCCCGCAGGUCAUGUUGUCGGCGUCGGUGGGGCUUGUGCGCUGCGCGCACCGCCGUUCGGGCGAGCGCAACCGUUGCGCACGUCGCUGUUCGGUAGACCGCGUCGCGCGAGCGCAGCGUGCGCCCGACCCCGGCGUCCGGUCUGUUCGUGGCGCAUCGAGCCCCUCGCCGGACCGUCAAUCUAAUCGGGCGGGCGUGCAGCCGUUGCUCGCACGCCUCGCGGUAUCGGUAGGCGUAGAGCCGUUGCUUGUACGCCUAGCGAUUCUGGCGAGCGUACAGCCGUUGCCUGUACGUCUCGCGUCUCUGGCGAGCGUCCUCGCAGUUCGGGCGAGCGCGCAGCCGCUGCAGCGUCUCGCUAUUCUGGCGGGCGUGCAGCGGUUGCACGCCUCGCCGUUCGGUGGACCUCGUCGGGCAGGCGUAGCGUGCGCCCCGCCGCGGCGACGGUCCGUUCGGUGCGAGCGCGCAGCCGUUGCGCGCGUCGCAGUCGGAGCUGGCCCGCCUUCGCCUUACCCGACUCUCUCCUCGUAUUCGGGCGAGCGCGCUGCCGUUGCGCACGUCGCAGUUCCGGCGAGCGUGCAGCCGCUGCACGCCUCGCUGUUUUCGAGCUAG